AUGUCGGACUCACGUCGAGAGAACGAUGCGUCCGUCGAACCUCCCACAGGACCUCCUCGGAGAGCACGCGCCCCCACGAUCACGAUUGAUACGUCGGCCGUGAGCCCCUCGAACACAGAGGCACCCCCGGCUCAGUCUUUCUCCGAUCAGCAGCCUUCGCUCCGUCUGAAUACCAAUUCAGGAGAUUUCGACCACCAUGCAUCCGGUUCCCCCACAGACAUGCGGUCCCCUUCGUCGAUGAUCUCGGUGGCUUCUUCCGAAGCGCGGGAUCGAGAGAGCCGGCCGACAUCACCCCAUAACAUCUCCAACCCGACCGCCAAGCUGGCUGAAGCCCAUUCGCACUAUCUUUCCGUUCCCGGCACCCGGUCCCGUGGCAAUUCCUUGGAGUCGGAGGGGACCAGCCAAACCUCCAGCACGUAUGGUGGCGAGACAUACGUGUCGAAUGCCUCGCAGGGGUCGCCCUCGGACGUCACGCACACGAACGUCGACGAUGAGGAUGCUCUCUUACCCGAUCGUGGCAGGGAAGAGGAAUUUGAGGUGCAAAACAACAAGUUUGCCUUUUCACCCGGCCAGUUGAACAAGCUUUUGAACCCCAAGAAUUACGGCGCGUUCCGACAACUCGGAGGUCUUCACGGAUUGGAAAAGGGACUGCGGACUGACCUUCGCAGCGGAUUGAGCCAGGAUGAAACCGUCUUGCAGGGCGCUGUCUCAUUCGACGAAGUCACCUCUUUUAAGGGGGUGCCCAAGGCCGCCUCCUCAGCCGACUUGCCUCCAUCCGCUUUGGACCAUCCAGAGGGGCAAUCCUCCAGCGCCGCCAUCUCAACAUCGGCCGACGAGUCCUAUGCGGACCGAAGACGAGUGUAUGGGAAAAACAGGCUGCAGGAGAGGAAGCUCAAGACCAUCUGGGAACUCGCGUGGAUCGCCUACAAUGAUAAGGUGCUGAUUCUGUUGACGAUUGCCGCGAUCGUGUCGCUAGCGGUUGGAAUUCCACAAUCCCUACACCCGAAGAAUGGUGAACCUGGAGUUGAAUGGGUGGAAGGCCUUGCCAUUCUCAUUGCCAUCAUUAUUGUUGUCGUUGUCGGCGCGGCGAAUGAUUGGCAAAAAGAAAGGCAAUUCGCCAAACUGAAUAAGAAAAAAGAAGACCGACGUGUCCAGGUGAUUCGCUCCGGCCAGACGAUUGAAAUUUCCAUCUAUGACGUGGUGGUGGGCGAUGUGAUGCACCUCGAAGCAGGCGACCUCAUCCCUGUCGAUGGAAUUCUCAUUGCCGGUCACGAUGUCAAAUGCGAUGAAUCCUCAGCCACGGGAGAAUCCGACCUGUUGCGAAAGACCCCCGGUGACGACGUGUACCGAGCGAUCGAAAAGCAUCAAGAUCUUCGUAAAUUGGACCCUUUCAUCAUUUCGGGCGCCAAGGUGGCCGAGGGAGUUGGAACUUUUCUUGUCACAGCCGUUGGUCCACACACCACUCACGGUCGAACGAUGAUGUCGCUCCAGGAAGAAGGCGAAACCACCCCGUUGCAGACCAAGCUGAACAAACUCGCCGAGUACAUCGCGAAGCUUGGUGGCGCCGAUGCGAAGGGACAGGCAUUUUUGCAAAUCUUUAUUGUUGCUGUCACGGUCGUUGUCGUGGCCGUCCCAGAGGGUCUACCGCUAGCUGUCACCCUGGCACUUGCCUUCGCUACCACGAGAAUGAUCAAAGAUAACAAUCUGGUGCGCUUUUUGAAAGCUUGUGAGACUAUGGGUAACGCAACAACAAUCUGUUCCGACAAGACAGGUACCCUCACUAUCAACAAAAUGAGUGUCGUCUGCGCAACAUUGGGCACAACAUCGCGUUUUGGAGAUAAGGUAGGCUCGAACCCACGUCCAGGGCAAGAGGACGUCUCGGCCGGUGAAUUUGUCAAGACCCUGUCGGGUUCCACCAAGGAUCUUUUGAUGCAGUCGAUCGUUCUCAACUCCACCGCAUUUGAAGGAGAGCAGGAGGGUGUCAAGACCUUUAUUGGAUCAAAGACCGAGACUGCGUUGUUGACCUUCGCGCGGGACCACAUGGGAAUGGGCCCCCCCGCAGAAGCUCGCGCGAAUGCGAAGAUUGCGCAAAUGUUUCCGUUCGAUUCAGCCCGCAAAUGUAUGGCGGUGGUCGUCCAAAUGGAAAAUGGAAAAUAUCGCAUGUUGGUAAAGGGUGCCGCUGAGAUCUUGCUGUCCCAUUCGACAAAAAUUGUCGAUGACCCUACAGGUGAUGUUCGCGAGGACAAUCUGGAAGACGAGGCCCGAUCUACGCUCGAAGAUAUCAUGUCAGGUUACGCGAAUCGAUCGCUCCGAUGCAUCGCCCUCGUCUACCGAGAUUUCGAUCAAUGGCCUCCACGCGGCGCGCCGACUGCCGAGUCUGAUCGCACUGAUGCACUGUUUGAUCCGGUCUUCAAAGAGAUGACCGUGAUUGGUCUUGUUGGCAUCCAAGAUCCUCUGCGGCCCGGUGUUGCAGAUGCUGUCCAUGCCUGCCAACGUGCUGGUGUCUUCGUUCGCAUGGUUACUGGUGACAAUAUCAUGACCGCUAAAGCCAUUGCCAAGGAAUGUGGUAUCUACACUCCUGGCGGUAUUGCUAUCGAGGGUCCCAAGUUUCGCAAGUUGAGCACACGCCAGAUGAACCAAAUUCUCCCCCGGUUGCAAGUGAUUGGCCGAUCGAGCCCCGAGGACAAGAAAAUUCUUGUGAAUGCUUUGAAAAAGUUGGGCGAGACUGUUGCUGUCACUGGAGAUGGCACCAACGACGCCCAGGCUCUGAAAAACGCUGAUGUCGGCUUUGCUAUGGGUGUUACCGGCACUGAGGUUGCCAAGGAGGCCUCGGAUAUUAUUCUCAUGGACGACAACUUUGCAUCAAUUGUGAAGGCUAUUUCCUGGGGUCGUACAGUGAGUGAUGCUGUGAAAAAGUUCCUCCAGUUCCAGAUCACCGUUAAUAUCACGGCUGUGAUCUUGACCUUUGUCUCCGCUGUUGCAAGUGGUUCGGAAACCUCGGUCCUCAGCGCAGUGCAGCUCCUCUGGGUGAACUUGAUCAUGGACACAUUUGCCGCGCUUGCUCUUGCGACGGAUCCCCCUUCGCCCUAUGUUCUCGAUCGUCGUCCGGAGUCCAAGGCCUCGCCGCUCAUCACGGCCACGAUGUGGAAGAUGAUCAUCGGUCAAUCCAUCUACCAACUGGUCGUGACUUUUGUGCUCAACUUCGCCGGCAGGUCCAUCUUCCCCUGGGACCAGGAACAUAUGCAAACUGUGGUUUUCAACACGUUCGUCUUCAUGCAGAUCUUCAACCAGUACAACUCUCGUCGCAUUGACAACAAGCUCAAUAUCCUCGAGGGUGUCUGGCGGAACAGAUGGUUCAUUGGUAUUCAGCUCAUCAUUAUCGGAGGUCAGGUCCUCAUUGUCUUCGUGGGUGGCGCCGCGUUCUCCGUCACGCGCCUUGACCAAGGUUCGCAGUGGGCUGUCAGUCUCGUUCUGGGUGCCUUGUCAGUACCCAUCGCCGUUGUGAUCCGCCUCAUUCCAGAUGAGUUUGUCAGCAAACUUGUCCCGGCGUUCUGGCACGGUCGUCAUAACAAGAAGGGACCGGAGCUGGUGAUCUCGGACGAGGAGCGUCGAUUCGACUGGAAUCCAGCUCUGGAAGAGAUUCGGGAUCAGCUGCAGUUUAUCAAAUCGGUUCGAGGUGGACGCUUGCGAAACAUCAAACACAAGUUGCAACAUCCGCAAGAAUUGCUGCCUCGCUCCCGGAGUGGCUCGCGCUCGCGCGACUCAUCAGACUCCCCCACGCCGAAUGGCGACAAUGGAAAUUCGCCCCCUGGUGCAUCGACCCCGGAGAGGUCUCGCCGUAACACUCGAUCGCGGUCCAAUUCUACAUUCGGACCGGCUGCCGCCAUGGCGGGUGUUGUGGCUGGUAGCAUUGCCGGCUGGUCCCCGAUCGAGCGGAGCCACGAUGAGGCAGACUCCAUCACGUUCCCGACUAAUGCCCCUCAUGGAGGGUUGGAUGGACAAGUAGGCAUUGAAAUUCACCCGGAUACUGCACCCGAUGAUCGUGUGGUGAGCGAGUACUCCACCAAAUCUCUUCACCCACCGAGUCAAAACCCAGAUCUCAUUCCAUUUUUCGAACACGCACCUCCGGCCGUCGCAGAGCGUGCGCCCUCGAGCCGUGGUCGACGGUCCUUGUCUCAGCGGUCGCACUCCAGCCAGGGCCAUUCUCAAGUUUGA